AUGUCGCUGUUUCGUUCCGCCACGCACACCUUGGUGAGUGGCUGGCCGGCACUUGAAGGCCGAGUAAGAUCUACACCGAUUUGUGCGCUGGCUCACAAUGCUCUCUUCGCUUCGUCUUGCUGCUGCACAAUGUUCAGCGUUCUCCUCUCGUUCAACCUCUGCGCUCCUCCAGUCUGGCCGCUUACAGCUCCACGAGACUAUUUCAUCAAACAGCAUCUCGCUUUGCACUCGCUCCUGCAGAGCGCAAAAAGAUCGACGAUGCCGUACACGCUCACCCCGUUGUCGUGUUCAUGAAGGGAACGCCAGAGGUGCCUCAGUGCGGAUUUUCUAGAGCGGUGGUGCAGAUCUUGCAGGUGCAGGGCGUGAAACCUGAAUGCUUGAAGUGAGUGGCGGGAGAUCUGGAUACGGGUUUGGGCCCGGAGCAAAAGCUUUUUCCAUGCAACAGCUGCAGCACGCAAUUGCAAAGAACGCGUACUGUCGUCGCAAAACUUCUGGAACACCUUUUCAGGCUGCAACGGACGCGAUGGAGCUGCGCGGGUGUUCUUGGAGGUGAUGGGCAUCUGCGACGAGAGGUAGACGUCAUCGGACGUAGUCACCAUGAGUCGCGCAACUGGACUUAGAGCAGCAUUUCAAACGCUGUCCACUUCUCGAGCCGACUUGAGUCGGAAGGGGGAGACAGAUCACUCGGCGGUUUUUGUUCGAACGAUUGAGGCGCAAAGCGCUGAAACAUCUUUGCUUCACCCCCUUGUCGCCGCUUCAGAACUUACAAUGUGCUGGAGGACUCUGCAUUGAGAGAAGGUAUCAAAGACUACAGCGCAUGGUAAGUGUCCUGGCAACACCUCAGCUCUAAGCCACGAUGCUGCUCACACUCAACGCCCAAACCAUCCUUUCUCGCCCCUCGCCAACUUUUGUUCCAGGCCCACCAUCCCUCAACUUUUUGUUGCAGGAGAUUUCCAAGGUGGCGCAGACUUGGCCCUGAGCAGUAAGUGUCAACUCCUCCCGCACUGUCCAUACUCGGCGCUCAGCACGCUGCUGAUUAAGUCCCUUUUUCCGCAAACUGCCAGUGCACACAUCGGGAGAGUUGGAGGAGGUGCUCACAAAAGCUGGAGCUUUGAUCGAGCCUGCGACGCCACCUGCAGGCACCACAGAGCAACAGAAAGGUCAAGCUUGA